AUGGUUUCCUUGAAGAAGAGGUAUAUGUUGAGCAACCUGCAGCAUGGUUUUCUGAGAUAUCCGUAUGAGCAUACUUUGUACAUCAAAUUCAACCCUAAAGGAGAUGUUCUUAUUGUAGGCUUGUAUGUGGAUGACUUAAUAUUUACAGGCAACAGUCUCAAACUAAUUUCUGAAUUCAGGGAGGCCAUGAUUAGUCAAUUUAAGAUGACAGAUUUGGGAUUAAUGUCUUAUUUUAUUGGUAUUGAGGUUCGUCAAUUGGCUGGUGGAAUUUUCAUUUCCCAAAAGAAACUUGCAAGUGAUAUUUUGAACAAGUUUAAGAUGAAUGUGACUAAACCAAUGAUGACCCCCGUUGAAGAAAAAUUGAAAUUAACCAAAGAUGGUACUGGUGAUUUUGUUGAUGCUACUUAUUUUAAGAGGUUGGUGGGGACUUUCAGGUAUUUAACUUCUACGAAGCCUGACAUCACGUAUGGAAUUGGUUUGAUUAGUAGAUUCAUGGAAUCUCCAUGCCAGUCUCACUUGCAAGCUGCUAAGAGAAUUUUGAGAUACGUUCAAGGUACGCAAUCUAACAGUAUAUUUUAUUCAUCUUCACAAGGUAGCAACCUUGUUGGUUACACAGACAGUGAUUGGGCUGGUGAUACAAUACGAAGGAGGAGCACUUCUCGUUAUGUAUUUUAUUUGGGAUUUGGUGUAUUCUCUUGGUCUUCAAAGAAACAACAAGUGGUUGCUUUGUCCACAGCAGAAGCAAAGUACAUGGCGGCUACGAUUUUUCAUGGGCGCAGCAAACAUAUUGACAUCAAGUAUCAUUUUAUUCGUGAGUUGGUUCAAGAGCAAGAAAUUGUCAUUGACUAUUGCAGAAGUGAAGAUCAAGUAGCUAAUAUUUUGACAAAGCCGCUAAAGUUGGAGAUGUUCAUGAAAUUGAAGAAGAUGCUCGGCAUGGUGAAAUUUGAAGAUCUUGAUUUAAGGGAGGCAAUGUAG